AUGAUGUCCUCCACGCUCUCUAGAUGCAGCACCAUCACCAUUACUUCCCCCGAACCAGUUUCCCGAGGCAGAGGCCUCUACAUCAGCCCAGCAUCACUAAACCUUGAGCGUGUCUAUGAGCAGAACAGACAACGACAGCAGAAGAAAGAUGGGUCUAAGGCACCCGAGCCUCUGGCAACGACCCAAGCCAAGGGGAAACCUCGCCUCCUCUUAAUGGGCCAGAGAAGGAGCGGCAAGUCGUCUAUCUCCAGCGUGGUCUUCCAUAAACUACCUCCAACCGAGACCCUAUUCCUCGAGUCAACUGCACGUAUACAGAAAGACACUCUUAACUCAUUCAUGGAGUUUCAAGUAUGGGACUUCCCGGGCCAGAUCGACAUCUUCGACAAUCCCAACUUCACCUUCGAUAUGGACGCCAUCUUUGGCGAGAUUGGUGCGUUGAUAUGGGUGAUCGACGCCCAGGACGACUACCUCGAGGCAGUGGCACGCCUCAAUGCGACAAUCCUACACCUCCAACGCAGCUACCCCCACAUCAACAUCGAGGUCUUCAUCCACAAGGUGGACGGGCUGUCGGAUGACUACAAGCUUGACAUCCAGCGGGACGUGACGAUCCGCAUCCAGGACGAGCUGUCGGACCAGGGGGUCGAGAACGCACCGGUCAACUUCCACCUUACCAGCAUUUACAACCACAGCAUCUUCGAGGCCUUUAGUAAAGUCAUCCAGAAGCUGAUCCCGCGGCUGGGCCAGCUGGAGGCGAUGCUGACGUCCCUCUGCCGCACGUGCCGCUUCGAGAAGGCGUACCUGUUCGACGUCAACACCAAGAUCUACAUUGCGACCGACUCGGCGCCCGAGGAUAUGACCAGCUACGAGAUCUGCUCCGACUACGUCGACGUCAUCAUCGACUUCACCGAGGUCUACGGCAGCUGGCAGCACUCGCCCGGCUGGCGCGCCCGGCUGGAACAGGCGCCCUGGUCGCAGAGCCUCGACGACCAGAUCGCCUGCGACUGGGCCGAGAGCGCCAUGGUCCUCUCCGAUGGCCAGCGGCCCAUCAUGCUGCGCGAGGUCGACCGCUUCCUCGCCCUCGUCGCCGUCAUGCACGACGGCUCCUACGAGAAGAUGCCCCUCAUCAACAUGAACGUCGACGUCGUCGUCAAGGGCCUGACCGACUUCUUCGAGAUCACAAAGCCAAAGGAGGCGAGGGCUGGCUCCAAGGGUGUGUCGAGCCCCGAGUAG